AUGUGCCGAAUGGGCUGUCGGCGCAGCGCUGGCGGCGCGCGCGGACUCCAUCUCCAAGCACAACUCGGAGCUCUUCCGCGCGCUGCAGCGGCCGCUCAACUUCACGUGACGAUUCCGAGCGCGUCAACUGCGACGCGAUUAGUGGCGGUGGCCAUCCGCCGCGUUUUGACGAAGUCUGGGGCGACCGACGUAUCUCCCACCGGCAGGGCACCGCCCCAGCCGGGACAUGAUCUAAGCUCCCGACCGGUCUCCCGAUGUCUAGAUGUGCUUAAGAAGAGGAAGGAAAAAUCGCAUUCAGAAGGCUACGAAAAGAUGGUUGAAACGACGGCAACCCAAGAUCUUGCGCCUGGUGGCGACCCCCACGUGGGGGUACCCGGCGGCGGGCGGCGCGUGGGACGGCGCCGAGGUCCACCUCAGCGUCUCCUGCAAUCGCAUCCUGGUGCGUCCCGCAACUCCCGCUCGAACCCAGGGCUAGGGCUAGCGGCACACGAGCGUCGUGACGGCCGUUGUUUGGCAGGCCACAUAAACACUCACGAAUAA